UAUUAAAUCCCAUUUCCUCCAUUAUUGAAGUCCAACGUUCCUAUUUUCAAAAACCGUUGGAGCCAAAAUUACUUUCAAAUUUCAUCCUUCACAUGGCAUGACUCAUGGGUCUCUCUUACUCUAUUUUAACUUAUCUCUCCAUGAACAACAAGACCCUUUAGGCUUUAGCCACAAAUUCCUCACUUCAACUUAGAUGGGGUGCUUUAUUGGCUGUUUUGGCUUUUCUUCCAAGAGAAAGCGCAGAAAGCCUGCCAAUAGAGUUCAACCUGGGGACCAUGGAUUUGGUAGCUAUGAACCUCUGAAUUCAACUUCUACGGUUCUUGAUAUAACAGGGGAGCCCAUAAACUCAGACUCUGUGCUCAGCAAAAAGCAUAAGGAGCCAUUGAACUGCAAAAUUAGAAAGAAAGUGAGCUUUAACUUGAAUGUGCAGAGUUAUGAGCCGAUUUCAAAAGAAGAAAGUACAGAUUAUUUCUGGGAAAGUGAGGAAGAGGAAAAGAAAGUAGGGAUUAGCAAAGAAACUGCAAAAGAAGGCCAGUCUCCAUCUCGUUCUGAUGGGGAUUCGAUAGCAACAAUAAUGGUAUCUUAUCCAUCGAAUUAUAGAUAUCGAAACUGCGUUGACUGCUAUGACGAAGAGGAUGAAAUAGCAUAUGAAGAAAGUGACUUGGAUGAUGACGACGAUGAUGAUUCUGAUGAAGAUGAAGAUGACGGUAGUGGUGGCGAUAUUGAUGAUGUGAGAAUAAGCCAAGAAGAGCUUUCUGAAAAAUUCAUGUCGUUAUCGGUGAGUUCAAAUAAGAGAGAUUCUUUGACUGAGUUUGCAGAGGAAAAAUCCGAAAAUAUGAACUUGAAUGAGGGAGGAUUGAAAUCACUUGGGAUGAAUCGAAAUGCUCGAGCUAGGAGUCAGUAUGUUUACUCUGUGCUGAACCCAGUAGAAAAUCUCAGCCAGUGGAAAGCAGUGAAGGCCAAAGGAAUGCCACCAGUGAAGCGCCAGAGAAAGGAGAAUAUAGCAGCAUUAGACCAACAAGCCAGGAAACCCACACCUGAAAUUGCAGUUGAUGCCAGUCUCUCAAACUGGUUAUUUUCUGCUGAUUCUUGUCAAUCCAGAGCCACAUCCAUUACCAAGAGUAACAACAUUCUUGUGGACGCUAUAUCAUCAAAGAAAAACUCAAUUGAAGAUAUGCCCAUUUUAGAUAACAUCAAUUUGGAGGCUUCACAGCAAAUCAAUUGUUCAAAUCCUUUAUACAACAGAUUGAUUAAUCUGGGUUGAGGCUAGAAUUUCAUAGAACAGAUAAGAAGUGAAAACAGUUGGCAUUGGAAGUUUGAAUGGAUCUGUGAAUUAAAAAUGCACCAGAAGCUGCUCUUGUUAUUUUCUGUAGGCCUACACUGGGCAAGUGUGAAACAAUUUGGGGUGGUGUUGUUUGUCUUUCUUCUGAUUCUUUGAUCCACUUCUUCUGAUUGGUUUUAGAAGAAUCUAGUUGGGUUGGUAGUUCUGUUGUGAUCAGCAAGUGGGUUUGAUUUUCUUCC